ACACGUAUAUUGAAACCGCGAGUAGGCAAAUAUAGGCAUUUCACACCUAUUUCAUUUCUGUCUUCCUCCCUCACCUAAUCAGAACUCUUUCCUUCUCACAAAUUCCUACAAAGAACCAGAAAAAAGGGGAGAGAGAAAGAAGGAAAGUGAGAGAAAAGCAAAGAAAAUACCCUUCUAAACGCUGCGUUUUGGCAAGACCUAAGAGACAAUGUUCUUCUUUUAAUUCUUCUUGCUCAUCAUCGUCGGCGGUCAGUUGAGCUUGGAGCUGUGGGUGGCACUUGGCUGAUGGAUACAAUCCUCUGCGACGAACUCCUCCAGGAAAUUUUCCACCGUCUUCCUUCCUCUUCAUUCUCCGCCGUCUCUCUCGUCUCCCGCCGCUGGCUCCGCCUCUACCGCACCUCCAGAACUUCCCUCUCUCUCUGUAUCCCCCCUCGUAAUUCUACUGUCGGUCCUCCCUGUGUGUUGUCUCUUCUUUCUCUUUAUCCUUUUCUCUCUUCCCUCUCUAUAUCCUCCACCGAUUCCACCACCGCCUUCUCCGACUACCUCCUCCGCUCUGUCUCGUCUUCUUGCUCCACUCUACGCCGCCUCAGCUUCUUGGUCGGCCCUGUCUCGCUAUCCGCCCUUGUUUCUCUGUCUGCUUCCUUUACCCAACUCACCUCUCUCACUAUUUCUCUCUCGACUCCUCUCUUUCUCAAGUGGGUAGGUUUUUUGCCUGCUCUGAAAGAGUUAUCGGUUAUUAUAUGUUCCAGAGAUGUUGUAGAAUUUGAUUCUAAAGAAGAAGAUGGGUUGUGGGUAAAUGAAGGUUCUGAUUCAGAAUUGCCUUUGGAAAGUCUUUGCUUGUCGGGCCUUGGGUCCGAUGUUUACGGUAUCGGUUGGCUAUGGAGGAGCUGUAAAAAGCUUCGAAAAUUGCGCCUCUGCAACUGUGAGAGUAUCGGUGAUGGAGGGUCGUUUUCGUCAUUUGAUACAUGUAUACAGGGUCUUCAAGAAGUGGAGCUCAGAACAUGUAGGAGUAUUGUUGAUGGGGUUUUACUGAAAUUAGCUCAGAAUUGUUUAUCUCUGGAUUCCUUAUUGGUUUAUGAUGGUGGCAGUGAAGAGGGUUUUCUAAGGUUCAUUAACCAAUGUCGGUGUAAUUUGAGGAAACUUGAUCUUAGGUUACCUCUCGACCUCCAUAAUAGUCACCUCUUGGCUAUUGCCCAGAAUUGCAGGGGCCUCUCCAGUAUUCGGCUCCAAAGUUGCUGUCUUGUUACUGGCGAUGGCCUCAAGAGUCUAGUAAUGGCCAUGAGUAAUGGGCUUGAAGAAUUGGCACUCAUAAAUUGCGAUGUGGUGGAAAGGGUACCUGGGAUGCUCACCACAUUAGGACAAAACUUAAAGGGGUUGAGGAAAUUGGAUUUAUCUUAUAAUGAAAUGUUGUUGGAUAAGGAGUUUAUUUCGAUGCUCGUUUCAUGUAAUUAUCUGAUUGAUUUGAGGUUAAGAGGGUGUAGACGGCUAACUGGUGCAGCCUUGGUUUCUACUAUUAAAAACUGCAGAUAUUUGGAGAGCUUAGAUAUCAUGAAUUGUUCUGGGAUAAAGGCUGAUGCUGUUGAGGCAUUUGUUUUGAAUUCUCGUCGAUUGAGACGCUUGUUGGUGGAGGAAAGCAAGCUAUCAGUGUUGCAUGAACAUGGGCAUCAAAUUAAUUUAUCAAGGUUAAUGUUUGAUUAAUCAAAUUGAUGGUAGAAGAACUGCAAUUUCUGUCAUUUGCAGUAUCAGAAGGAAAUGGUUCAUAUUUCCCAUUUCUUGGUCCAUCUCUGAUUAUGAAUGCUUUAUGUUUUACAUUGUUUGUGUUGUGAAAUUGAGAGUAGUUCACUCUGCUCGGUCAAUAAUAAUGCUUGUACAGAUGCUUGAAUACUUCAAUGUUGAAUGAUUGAAUCAGUUGUAUGUGAGUAUUCCUUAUUUGUUAUAAUCUAAAAAAACCAUAUUUUUUUAAUUCUU